AUGAAAUCGGGGACACGUGUUGAUCAGAGCACUGCGCUUGCCGAAUCGGCCACCGGUGGAUGCAGCCCGAACUGUUCGAAGCCCGCUGUAUCGUUUUCGGUUGGCCUGUCGCGCAGUGUUCGUCCAGGGGAGAAUAAUAGGGCACGUGUGUCUAUUACGUCUGUGGAAGAUACCCAGGGAUUGCCAUCUUGUUUGAUGCUUUGCAAGCAAGAUGAGUUGCGCUCUGCGCAGACUGGUGCGGGAUCACUUUUUUCAGGCAUUAGACAGUGUAAUGCGAGGUGUGGUAAGCCUGGCGAGGAGAGUUGUUCGGAAGAAGAGGCUGAUACCUCGAUGGGCUCGGUGUGGUCUGAGAUGUUAGAUGGUAGUGGAGGUAAGGCAAUGAUGACCACAGAAAUGGACGCCACUUCUUUUAUUCACGCGCGCCAUCUAAAUUUGGCCGAGCUCUUGGUUGAGAGCCAUUUGUGUGGGGCAAGCCGUCAAGAAGGUUCUAAUACCACGGAGAUGCUUCCGUCCAUUUUCGAAAACGGGGUUUCCUGCGACAACAACGAGGUAACGAGUUAUGCAUCGAGGAACCGACUCUUGCACCACGCGCCCCCUCCUGGGCCCUCGCGUACGAGGCGGGGUGCCACGCCAAUGUAUGCCACUCCAUACAGACGGCAUAACAAUCCGACAUGCCCCGAGCACCUGGCUCGGAUACAGCGCCAAAAACGCCGAACCCCUUUUUUUGUACCCGGUGUGCCCUUUGUGGAGUCGCCAGACGUGUCUACAGACGUGGACAUGCGGGAAUGGCGUAGGAAGGAGGCCGCUAGGAUGCAGCGAGUGCACGCAUGGGUGCAGCGAGGCCUGCGGUGGCAGCGAGAGGAGUGGGAGGCGCAGUUGCGCGCCGAGGCACACAGGGCCUUCGGUGCGCGGUGGCCACUGCCACCCGGCGGCUGGUUCGCCCCCGUCCCGCCCAGCCCCUUUGCCCCUCGCCAAUGGUACUUCUGA